AGGUUGCCGGGUUCUCGACGGCUCGUCUGUGCCGACGGAUCCAGUUUCAGACACCUGUUGACCGAGGAUCCGGACAGCGUUAUGUGGAGCUCCACUGUUUGUUUGUUGCUCUUUUAUAAACGUGAGCGUACGGUGGGCAGAGAAUGAAGCUGAAAGAGCARCACUUAACAGUUAGACGGUGGUGAUGAUGAUGUCUUGAUGGGAUUUCUGUGUCAUGGGCACAAAGCAGGAGGAGACCGAGCAGACGAGCGAAGACAAAGAUGCGCCUCAACAAGACUCUGCAAGUGUUGCAGAUGUGUCCGUGGAGGUGGCCACUGUGGAUCACACUCUGCGGAUGCUGCGCAGGAUGUACAGGAAGAGCAGACGGAAACCCAAAGGACUCAAGAGACUGUUGGCCUACGUGCUGAACAUCCCUCACAUCACGGUCAUCGUCACAGCAGUCGUGUUUGUGUUGGUGGUGAUCAUAUGGUCGCUGCUCUGGGUCUUUAUAAUCCGCAGGGAAAGCUACAGUGGGGCCUAUUUUGCUGGCAUGUUCCGAGUUGCCAAUGUGGAGUUCCUCCCGGAGUACCGCCAGGCGGAGUCCCACGAGUUUGUCUCCAUAGCUACCAAAAUACAACAUGUGGUGAGCAGUGUGUACAAGACGUCCUCUGUGGCCCGACUUUACAAACAAGCUGUCAUUUCAGACCUGAGUAACAACGACCAGGGGGGCGUGUUGGUGCAUUUCUGGAUGGUGUUUGUAAUCCCCCGGGUGAARAGCGCAGUAAUGUCUGAGGAAUUUGUAGGGGCCAUUCUCAAGAACUCAGUGCUCACAAGUCUGCAGAACAGGUCCUCUGUUGGCUACCUGCUGGGUCUUCCUGUGGACAUCGACUCCAUCCUCAUUAACGUGGUUCAGCGUUCAGAUUACACGUCGAACACAGAAGACUCACAGUGUGUAGACAAGCUGUAUGCCAACCUUCCCGGGGUCAGUGUCCCUUUAAAUGUCUUCUCAUCAUGGGGGGGUGUGAGUUGCCAYGUGAAGCUGACCUCUGCGCCCGGCUCCCUGAUCCGCCUCGUCGUCUCCUCGUUUCUCAUCGAGCCCACUGACUGUGUGGAYGACGCCCUGGUGGUGUACGACGCCCUGCUGCCCAUGAGGGGGCGCAUCCUGCACAGCCUGUGUGAGCCGGUGUCCAGCUCCAUCUCCAUCGUCUCCACCUCCAAUGUCAUGUUGCUGUCCUUCAGGAUGAGUGACAACAAGAGCUUCAAAGGGUACUUUGAGGCCAUCGCUGAAGAGAAAUGUGUCUCUGAAGUUGAGACCCAGCCUGAAGGUCAGAUCUACAGCCCCUUCUACCCCAGCAUGCUGCCUCCAGAGUGUGCAUGUACCUGGAAGUUCAAGACUCCAAACCCAGGUUUAGGAGUAGCACUUCACUUCCAGAACUAUGUAUUGAAACCAAAGGACAUGAAAGGCUGCAACAACGGCUGGUGGAGGGUGAACGAGGUCAUUUUCUGUGGCAUCUACGUGGGGUACCACACGGUGUUUCGGAUCGCCCACCAYAGCCCGGCGGUGGAGUUUCGCUGCAGCUCGCCCAACUCUGUUCAGCCUUUUCAGGCUUCCUACAGCAGUUACAACAUCAGCCAUCCCUGUCCAGAGAGCUACUUCCUGUGCACCACCGGGCUCUGUGUGGAGCGGAGUCGACUCUGUGACGGUCUGGAUGACUGUCAGGACGAGAGCGAUGAGAUGCUCUGCUCAAGGCCCACCAUGAACUGUGGAAGCAGCAGUCAUCCCCUCUUUGUGUGCAACGGAGAGGUGGACUGCAGUCAUGGAGAAGAUGAAAUCAACUGUACUCAAGAAACCACCUGUUCUGAGAUCAGGUAUCAGUGCAGAAGUGGAUCCUGCAUCCUGAAGAAGAACGCAAAGUGUGAUGAUGUUCCUGACUGUAAGGACCACAGUGAUGAGGCUGACUGUGACUGUGGUCAUCCCACCCCUGUGAAUAAAGGGGGUUCAUCUACAGGCCUCCACCGCAUUGUGGGAGGAGUUAACUCUGUGGAAGGGGAGUGGCCUUGGCAGGUCAGCCUUCACUUUGAUGGUAGCCUGUACUGUGGCGCCUCUGUUCUGUCAUCUAAUUGGCUCAUCUCAGCCGCCCACUGCUUCAGCAAAGACAGGCUCUCUGACCCUCGUUACUGGAGGGCCCACCUCGGCAUGCUGAUGCAAGGCAGUGCCAAACACGUAGCAGAGAUCCAGAGGAUCGUGGUGCAUGAAUACUACAACGCUUAUACCUUUGACUAUGACAUCGCCCUGCUGCAUCUGAAAAAGGCCUGGCCUGCCUCCCUCAGCCCGCUGGUCCAGCCCGUGUGCCUGCCCCCCUCCUCCCACACCAUCACAGACAGCCAUCGCUGUAUCGUCACAGGGUGGGGGUACCGAUCCGAGGAUGAUAAGGUUUUGCCGACGGUCCUUCAAAAAGCUCAGGUGUCCAUCACGUCUCAGACUGAGUGUCAAAGGAUUUAUGGCCUCAUCUCUCCACGCAUGCUGUGUGCCGGGGUCCCUUCAGGAGAGCGAGACGCCUGCAGGGGGGAUUCAGGAGGUCCUCUGUCAUGUCAGGCACCAGGAGGGAGUCGCUGGUUCCUGAUUGGGAUUGUCAGCUGGGGGUCCGGCUGUGGCAGACCAAACCUCCCUGGGGUUUACACCAGGGUGACCAAAUUUACCUCUUGGAUCUAUAGCCACAUCAGCUGACACGACGAUGUUCAUCUAUUAUUCUAUAUUAAAACAAUCUGUA